AUGUCCUGGCCAGACUUCAAGACGGAGGCCCCUUCAGUUUUCAGCAAAGCGCCCCGAUCAAACCUACGACGCAUCUCGCGCCCUCUUAAGCCCGUCCGACUUCGGCAAACCCCCUCUCGCCUUCCCAGUCGACGCCGCAGCUUUGGCCGAGAGUGGUCCACUGGAUUUCCCGAGCAUUUCAGAUAUCUAUCCUCCGUUAUAGUCGACAAUGACCAAGAUGUUAUCAAUCUUACAGUUGACGGCAUGACUGACCUGACUAUUGACACUGGCCUUGUCGAGCGUGGCUAG